AUGGCUCAUAAUAUUAACGUUCCGUGGCUGAUUGCAGGAGACUUCAAUUUUGUUUUAGAUGCUAGUGAAAAGAAAGGUGGGAAUCCUCACAAGAUGUCAGAUAGCAUGCCCUUUAUCAACUGUAUUACAGACAAUUCUCUCAUUGAUCCCGGCUACAUUGGUUCUACAUUUACAUGGUGUAAUGGAAGAGGCUCAAGGCAAAGAAUGUGGGAAAGACUUGAUAGGGCUUUCAUUAAUUAUGAAUGGUCUCAGAAAUUUACUAAUACCACUAUUACCCAUCUUAUCAAAACGGGCUCUGAUCAUUCACCUCUUCUCAUUACUGUUGAUAACAAUCUUCAAGCCCACAAAAGAUGCAUUCAAGACAAUAGUGAUAUCAAUAGAAUGGAAUUGAAUAAUGUCAAUGCUCAAAUGAUCAUGCAUACUAAGAAAGAAGAAGCUUACUGGAGACAAAAAGUUGGGAUGAAAUGGUUUAAGGAAGGGGAUGCCAACACAAAAAUUUUUCACUCUAUCAUCAAUGCUAAAAGAAAUAGACUAACUCUCAAGAAGAUGAAGAUUGAUGAUAACAGUUGGGUUGAGGGAAAUGAUGCCAUUGCCUCAGAAGCUGUUAAAUUUUUUGAGCAUCAAUUCGCUGAUCCUAAACUAUAUAAAGGCUUUAAUAUUCUAAAUUGUUUGCCUAAGGUCAUUACUGAUGAUGAGAAUAUUAUGCUUACUGAUUAUCCCUCUAUGGAAGAAGUUAAAAGAGGUUUUUUUCUCUCUCAAUGCCGACAGUGCUCCUGGCCCUGA